GUCUCUAAACACGCAGCAGCAAGUCGUUAACAGGCUGCGAGCUCCAACCCACGGCUUGUUUCCACUCAGAGUGUCUGUGGGUGAACUUCCUCUGUGUUAGGACUUUGUGCGGGUCCUGACUGCUCUGAUCUCAGCUCAGUUCACACUUUCCAGCACAUGACAGCGCAGCGGGACUCCAUGCUGUCACUGACAACUUUAUUUGUAGCUGCUGCUCCUGCUGCAACAGGUGGAAAGCUCUGCUCCCAGGAAAUGAUGUGAGACUCAUGGCUGGACUGAGAACUGAGCCAUCCUCUCUAUUCUGGCCUCAACGGGCUCCUCUCCGGUUAUCUUUUGAAUUGUUUCACAAGACUGCUCUAGAACCAGUGUCAGCUCUAAUGUUGAUUAUCUGUCACAGCACUAACGUCACGCUGAGCAAAGUCGAAACCAAGUAAAACACAUUGAGUUUGACAUUCAUCAAUCUUGAGGAUUCACCAUGUGAUCUCAUAGUAACAUUAAACUCUGCUGGCCUGUGAAAGUAGCUCUGCUGUCUCUGUAGUUGUUCCCUUCUAAGAGCAGAGCUGCAUUCCUUGUACAUAAUGAAAUUACCACAGUGAAUCUGACACCAAGGGAAGAUACACAGGUUUCUCAGGCUCCCUUCUUCCUGGUAGAUGAUUUAGUAAUUCUGCUGAUAUUGAGAGCAUCUGUAGUUGUGAUGGCCGCUGCUUCCACUCCAGAGAAGCAUCCUCCCCUCCUGCAGCUCCAAGAGGUGGACUCCAGUCGAGUCGGCAGUCGUGUCCUCUCUCCCAUCCUCAGCUCUCCUAGUCUGUCCCUUGAAACCAGCCAGCCCAUCUGCAUCCCCUCACCAUACACUGACCUCAGCCACGACUUCACCACCAUACCCUUCUACAGUCCAACUAUCUUCAGCUAUGCUGGUCCCAGUAUCCCAGACUGUCCCUCUGUCCAUCAGUCACUAAGCGCCUCUUUGUUUUGGCCCAGCCACGGUCACGUGGGGCCGCCCAUACCUCUGCACCGCUCGCAGGCUCGACCUCAGCACAGCCAACCUAUCCAGGGUCCAUGGGACAGUGUCUUAACAGCAAGAAAUAAUGACUGGAGCAUAUCUGUUAGUAAGAGUGUGAGGAGGCGUUCCCAGGAGAGUGAGGAGGGCGUGGUGUCGUCAGGCGGGAAGACCGACCUGCACUACUGUGCUGUUUGUCAUGACUAUGCUUCAGGCUACCACUAUGGAGUCUGGUCCUGUGAGGGCUGUAAGGCAUUCUUCAAAAGGAGCAUCCAAGGACACAAUGACUACAUCUGCCCAGCAACCAACCAGUGUACUAUAGACAAGAACCGCCGCAAGAGCUGCCAGGCAUGUCGCCUUCGCAAAUGCUAUGAAGUUGGGAUGACCAAAUGUGGUAUUCGAAAGGAGCGUGGAAAUUACAGGAACCCACAGACAAGGCGAGUGACCCGUCUGUCUUCACAGGGCCGAGCCAAUGGCCCAAAGGGGUCAACAGGCUCAGCAGAGGGGUCAUUAAACGAGACACAACCACCUACACUGACUCCAGAGCAGCUGAUCGAGCGAAUAAUGGAAGCAGAGCCACCAGAGAUCUACCUCAUGAAGGACAUGAAAAGGCCGUUGACUGAAGCCAACGUCAUGAUGUCGCUCACCAACCUGGCUGAUAAGGAGCUGGUUCACAUGAUCAGCUGGGCCAAGAAGAUUCCAGGGUUUGUUGAGCUUGGUCUCUUGGACCAAGUACACCUGUUGGAGUGCUGCUGGCUGGAGGUGCUGAUGAUCGGACUGAUGUGGAGGUCAGUGGACCAUCCAGGGAAACUCAUCUUCUCUCCUGAUCUUAGCCUGAGCAGAGAAGAGGGGAGCUGUGUCCAGGGAUUUGUGGAGAUAUUUGAUAUGCUGAUUGCUGCCACGUCCCGGGUGAGAGAGCUCAAACUGCAGAGGGAGGAGUACGUCUGCCUCAAGGCCAUGAUCCUCCUUAACUCCAACAUGUGCCUCAGCUCCUCAGAGGGCAGUGAGGACAUUCAGAGUCGUUCUAAACUGCUGCGUCUUCUGGAUGCAGUAACAGAUGCUCUGGUGUGGGCCAUCGCCAAAACCAGCCUCACUUUCCGCCAGCAGUACACCCGCCUCGCCCACCUGCUCAUGCUGCUCUCACAUAUUCGCCAUGCCAGUAACAAAGGCAUGGACCACCUUCACUGCAUGAAAAUGAAGAACAUGGUGCCUUUGUAUGACCUCCUGUUGGAGAUGCUGGAUGCCCACAUCAUGCACAGCUCCCGUCUGCCCCGCCGGCCUCCUCAGCAGGAAUCCACAGAUCAGAGGGAGGUUUCUGCGAAGCCACACAGCUCUGGGGUCGGGCCCUCAAAUACCUGGACUCCAAGCAGUGCUGGAGCCGGAGGUGCACCCCAAUAGUCACAUCAGAAUUCAAAGGCAACGAAAUUUCACUGCUUUGCACAAAACUGUUCAGAGGACUUAUAAGGUGCAUAUCUUUAAAGUUAAAGCUGUAGAUGAUUGGCCAAACCAGCAGGAUCCGUUGCCUUGCCUCCAUGUAUAAAAAUGCCUGAGUGGAACAGGAGCUGUUUUCAGACAGGUCAUCUAAUAACCAAUGGGACCAGUGUUUGCUUAACCACACAUGUAAUGCAUUACUGCCAGCCUUAAGUUGGUAUGGUUUUCAGUAUAUAGCACCCCGGCUUUCACUGAACCACAGAUGUUGUUGAUAAGAAGGCCAGAGCAGGACAAUAACCUUCACAUUAUAAUGACAGCAAAGCUUUUUUAUUGCUUCACCAGACUCCAUAUGUUCACCCCUUGCUGGUACAAUCAUGGAGGUGUAACAAACAGCUGUGGGCAAUGAUGCCUAAAGAGAUGGCAACCAGGGGUCUGCUGUAGACUUUACGUUAGAGUUUAGAUAACUUAACAACCUUUAUUUCAUGCUCUAUUUUACAAAGCAAAACUCUACACACAUGCUUAGUUGUUCGCUAUUUGUUAACAGUUAGACUGCAAGCAAAGAUUGUCAUGAUUGAUUCAGCAGCUUAUUAUUUAACCAAUUUAUCACUGAAGGUGGGCAGUAAAAUAUGUGCUAUAAUUUCCCACAGAACACAGUCACAUCUUUUGAUGUGCAGUUUGGUCUGAUCAGUCCCAUAUCCAACGAUGUUCUAUUUUAUAUAUUGUAUGUCAAGAAAAAGCAUCAAAUCAUCACAUUUAAGAGACGAGAAGCAGCAAAUGUUUGGCAUUUCUGUUAAAAAAAUGACUGACUAAAAUGAUUUGGUCUGCAGCACAGAAUAAGCCAGAAAAGCAGUUAGACAGCACAGCACUCCGCCAAGGCUGCUCAGUCGUUGUAUCAUUUCCAACAGAUAAUUCCUGAUAAGUCCGCAGUGGUCGAUUUGUAGUAGGAUCGCAAUUGUGAUCAUCAGCAGGCAGCUGACGAAGCGUUCACUUGUCAUAAUUACAGUGACACCAUGCUGCUAUCUCGCAACUGUACAGAAAUCUUUAUCAAGUAUGUUGAUCCCGACUAUAAGCCGCAUCACAGCCAAAAGUCAAUUGGUUUUUGAGUAAUGUUCUGCGCAGGCAGACGGACAGAUGUACGCCGAUCGUCACAUAACUCCACCGCGUUCCUUAGCGGAAUGAAAAAAGAACCCAGCUCUUUGCAGUGUGUUGUAACAAAUCUGUUCGUACAUAGUUCAGAUAGCCUUUGGUAAGACUUUGUAUAUAAAAAGGCAAUGUAGAUUUGGUUACAGAAAUUCUAUCAAGGUAACCAGCCCUUCGCUCUAUCUUGGCUUGAACAGGAUUUCAUUUAACCAGACAUCCUAUUUACAGCAUACAACAGAAGUGAGUACUGACUAAGUAUUGUUAAAGUUCUGGUAUUCACAGAUCAUUUUGUUCAAGCACUUUGACUGAUGGUAUCUCACAGGUGAACUCAGUUUACUUACUCAGUGAUCACAGGUUUUCUAACUUGUGUGUCAGCCAUCACAAGUGUAUUCACUUUUUUUGCACUGAGUUUCUAGUUUGGGGUCUGAUUUUUUUAAAUUACCGUACUGUGUUUUAAAAGUAGGUGUUUGUAAUCGCUCAUAAAAGAAAGCACUUGGUUGUUCAACUUAGUAGUGUGAUUACUGUGAAGUGAUACAUUGAGCCAUUCGAUGUAUGUGACAUUGCACAGACUGUACUCACUUCUGUUGUAUAAUGUAUUUAAUCUGCACAUUGUUUCUAUGAAUGUUUUAGAAUUGAAUUUCCAAAUUUCCAUGAUUCUCAUCCAGAGUGUUGCUAUAAAUAUACUAUGGUUGAAAGCAGAAUUUGAUAGACAGAAAUGAUUAUUUUGUAGACGCUUGCUGAUUGUUUUCCAGCUGCUGUUGGAUUCAGACCUCUGGUUGACCACUUCAGGGUGCUUUACAUUAUUGCCUGCUUACACCCUUCUUUGCCUUCAUUUGAAAGACAUCUUGUUUCCUGUGAAGAAUCAUAACCUGUUGCUCUUAGGGAGAUAUGGCAGGUUUUUGUUAAGAGACUAUUUUUGUAUUUUGCUACAGUAGCUAUUGUGACAUGAAGCAGCUUCAACAAUCAGGAUCACUGUAAAAUAAAUAAUUGUUCACCAGCUCUCGGCGUCUGUACAUCUUCAGUCCUUGGCAUUUCCUAUCGUCACUCACUUUGUCACCAUUUAGCAAAUUGUGUUUUCACUGUGUAUAUGUACUUACAGUGUACUUCAUGUUCCUUGAAACAAUGUAAUUCGUUGCUCAUUUCUGGUGGUCUCUAACAAAGAUUGUGUAAACCAGUAAAAUUCUACGUCAAGAAACUGGUGGUUUUUUGGUUACUUAUCAAACACAGUGGAGACACUAUGCUCUCCCAACUUUCUAAUGAUCUAAGACAGAGGGACUUUAAUGUGUGACCAUCUCAGUUUAUAUGUAAAUGUUUACCCCCUCUACCACAAAAUAAACAAAAGCAUUGGACAGAUA